CAAACCCCGAAUCACGUAAGGUUCGAUAGGUGAAUUCGCGGCGCACGUUAGAAACAACAACUUCGUAUUUCAUUAUGAAAACGUAAAUUGGUGUUUAAGGAAAGGCGCGAAGAAGAGGAUUCGGUUCAAACCUUCACCUUUGCAAUUGUGCUGAUGGGAUCCGGGUCGGGUUCUCUGGUGUGGUUCAGGAAGGGCAUUCGGAUCCACGACAACCCGGCUCUCGAGUUCGCGUCCCGAACUGCCUCUCAUCUCUACCCUGUCUUCGUGAUUGACCCGCAUUAUAUGAAACCCGACCCGAAUGCUUUCUCACCUGGGUCAUCGCGCGCGGGUCUGAACCGCAUCAAGUUCUUGUUGGAGAGCCUCGUGGACCUGGACCUCAACCUCAAGAACCUUGGCUCGCGACUUUUGAUUCUCAAGGGUGACCCAGCUGAAGUCGUCAUUCAUUGCUUGAAGGAGUGGAAUGUCAGCAAGCUGUGCUUUGAGUACGACACUGAACCGUAUUAUCAGGCUCUGGAUGUUAAAGUUAAGAACUUUGCACUCGCUGCUGGAAUUGAGGUUUUCUCUCCUGUGAGUCACACACUCUUCAACCCCACGGAUAUUAUACACAAGAACGGAGGGAAGCCACCCCUUAGUUAUCAAUCGUUUGUCAAGCUUGCUGGGGAGCCACCCUCUCCUCUCACAACCGUGUACUCUUCACUUCCUCCAGUUGGCCAUCUUGGAAGUUGUGAUAUUUUUGAAGUUCCUACCAUCACAGAUCUUGGAUAUGGAGAAGCUGAACAGGAUGAAUUCUCUCCCUUCAAAGGGGGUGAGUCAGAAGCAUUGAAGAGGUUGGAUGAAUGCAUGAAAGACAAGUGGGUGGCAAACUUUGAGAAACCAAAGGGCAAUCCAUCUGCAUUUCUGAAGCCGGCAACAACUGUUUUAUCACCGUACCUGAAAUUUGGUUGUUUAUCUUCAAGAUAUUUCUACCAGCGAAUUCAGGAUAUAUAUAGAAGUAUGCCAAAGCAUUCAUCACCACCUGUUUCUCUUUCCGGACAGUUGUUGUGGCGAGAGUUCUUUUACACGGCUGCUUUUGGGACUCCAAAUUUUGAUAGAAUGAAAGGCAAUAGGAUAUGCAAGCAGAUUCCUUGGAAGGAUGAUGAUAAACUGCUGGAGGCUUGGAGGGAGGCUAGGACGGGAUUUCCUUGGAUUGAUGCUAUCAUGAUCCAGCUACGCAGAUGGGGUUGGAUGCAUCAUUUGGCACGACAUUCUGUCGCAUGUUUUCUAACUCGAGGCGAUCUGUUUGUUCACUGGGAAAAAGGACGGGAUGUCUUUGAGAGGCUUCUGAUUGAUUCAGAUUGGGCAAUUAAUAACGGAAAUUGGAUGUGGCUUUCUUGUUCAUCUUUCUUUUAUCAGUACAAUCGUAUUUAUUCCCCAACCACAUUUGGUAAGAAGUAUGACCCUAAUGGCGACUAUAUUAGGCAUUUUCUCCCAGUCUUAAAAGAUAUGCCCAAGGAGUACAUUUAUGAACCUUGGACUGCUCCUAAAAGUAUUCAGACCAAAGCAAAUUGCAUAAUUGGUAAAGACUACCCAAUACCAGUUGUUUCUCAUGAUUCAGCGAGUAAAGAGUGCCGAAGGAAAAUGGGGGAAGCAUAUGCAUUGAAUAAAGAAUUGAAUGGGUUGGUUGGUGAAGAUGAUCUGAAAAACUUGAGGAGGAAAUUAGAUGAGAGUGAAAGGGAAGAGCCUGAAGGCAAAAGAUAUAAGCAAAAACUGAUUGGCUGAGCCAAAAUUUUAGGAAGUUGCAACUUAGACUUGUAGGGUUAUUUUUUAGCAUUAUCAAGAAAUUUGUAUGACAUGUAUGUAAAAAAUGAAAAAAUUGUGUCCUUGAGGUUAUUUUAAUAAUGUCUAUGAAAAUGGAAAGGAGAAAAAGGAAAAGAAAAGUGAGAUAUA